UCAGACAUACCUCAGAUCUGCAAAGGAAAUCCAGGUCAGAAAUUCAAGGACUCUCCAAGGAAAACAACCUGCAACCUUCAGGACCAGGAACACCAUGUUGACCAGGAAUGUCCCAAGAAGAGCCAGAUGCAGAUCAAAAUAAAGCAAGAUAAUAGGGCUGUGUUGUCUUCUAUACCAGUGGAGAUGAGGGACGAACUGCUGGCCGGUAUAGAAUACAUCAAGACUCUUGCAAACAGAUUCCAGAAUCUGGAUCCUGUCAUGGUUGACUUGUUUGGGGAAAAACUAGCAGAGAGACUUUGUCAAAAAUAUACUGGGCACUGGUAUCCUGAGAAGCCCAUGAAAGGACAAGCCUACAGGUGCAUCAGGAUCAACAGACAUGACAGGGAUGAGAGCAUCUUGGAAGCAUGUGCCCAUAGUGGCCUAAAAUAUCAUGAACUGACCCUGCCCAAGGAGAUGACCGUGUGGAUUGACCCUUAUGAAGUCUCCUGCCGGUUAAGAGAAGAGAGUAAUCCGUACACAGUGGCCAGGUUCGAUCCGAGGACUCCUCACCUUCCAGAUCCUUCUUCUAGAGUUCCCAACUCUAGUUAUGCUGAUUGCUUCACACCCACACCAGAAGAAGACAGUUCAAUAGGCAGCUCAUCACUCCCAUCAUCUCCAAGUCUUAAUGGUGAGGACAGUGACAGUGGGAUAGAUGUCAACUGUGAUAGAACUACUACCCCUCCAAUGUCAUGUAGUCCAACAGAGGAGCACAUCUGGAGGAACCCAGCAGUAAAUCAGGACUCUCCUGACGCCAUAUUCAGAAUGUCGCCCCCUCUCUGGAUUCCACCAUGGAGGGCUCCCCGGUUCUACCACCCAGACCCCCAGCAGUUUCACUGGUUGUAG